UGUGGUUAUAUCGGCGUCAGUGAAAGCAUUGCGUGGUUGCAUAGUGCGGUAUUACACGGUCAUACACCUGUUCUUGUUAUUGUACAGGGCAGUGGAGGGCUCUAAGGGAUGACAUGUGGUACAUAGCCUGCAACCUGGAAUUUCUUCCGAGACUCAAGCGCUACCUUAAGCGUGUGUUGAGACGAUGUAUUCUGGUGGUUUUCAAAGUGAAAGCGAAUGCUAGAAGUCGCAAAAACAAUGGCAGCCCCACCACAGCAAUAGCAGUGAUUCUUCCCCAUCUCAGACCGGCAGCCAUGAUGAUGGAGUUGAGCCACAGCCUGACAUUGAACGAGGAGGCCCUCAAGCAGAUCCCUGAGGCCAAGCGCCCUGUGUUCGUAUUCGAGUGGCUGCGUUUCCUGGAUAAAGUGCUUGUCGCCGCACAGAAGAUGUUUUGUGCUAUGCUUGGUUUGUAUACCCAAUCUUGUGUUGGUGCAGGUGUCUGA